AGCUCUGCCGAAGUCAAGUCUCCAUCACGAUUUCUUUGAUGCCCCGCUACGAGGAGUUGACAGUUUAUUCUAGUCUUUCGAUUCCCUGAUUGAAUGCGCUUCGAUAUGGACAUCGACGACGACAGCGAAAUCUGCAAGGAUUUCGCACUUCGAGAGCUCCGUCGCUUCGGCCAGGUGGUCCGCCGUCACUGCUGUCAUCUAGAGGAGACUAUCGGGGAAGGAUCAAGCCGCAAUCGUCCUCAGGUCAACAGUUUCGUUCAAAAGCCUCGAGAUGGCGUGAACCCCGUCUUGUUGGUCAAAACUGGAUCGCCUGCGUUCGAUAAAAUUAUCCUGUCGAUAUCCAGCAUUUGUUUGGAAGCGGAUGCCUUGAUCGAGCAAAGUUGCUUUGUGAAACAAAUCCACGAUUACGGGGAAUCAAAUGAGGCACCCGAGGUGCAGAUCUCGAAAUUCGUCCCCUCACUGCGUAGAUUACAAGCCCAUGUCUCUCGGUGUGCGGACGUCAUACAGCUUGCGGUCAGUCAGGUGGUGGGUCUCUAUUCCUUCGCCCCGCAGAACGAUGCCUCCACUUCUCAAGUGAUUUUCCUGAGUCUGGCCCGCCUGUUCACAUCCUUGAUCGCACUGGAGAUAGUCAUACGACAGCAGACCGUACUGAGGGAACACCUUCAAAUAUAUUUGAGACUGCUCAAAUCGUGGAAAUAUGAUCCCAAGCUCAGCGAGCAGGUUAAGGCCUUAUUGAAGCUCAUGACCGACAUCAAUUCAGAGCUGCUCGAGGGUACUAUCCUGAAGGACUGCAUUCGCAGAGUUCGGAUUAGCAGCCCGAAAUUCUCCGAUGCGUUGAAGGAAACGAUUCGUGCUCAUCUGGCGGAGCUAGAUUCCAAAGUCAACGAGAGCCAGGCGCAGAUCCUCCUUCGGUCUGAGAAAUUCGUCGGUCUGUGUGGCCUAUUCCUCCUACAUUUCACCGUGAAACAACAAGCCGAUCGGCCGAUCUUCAGAACGAUCGUGGACCUCUCCAAGAAAAUUGGGCCGGUCCUGCUCAAGGGGAAUGCCAUUUGGGACGCCCCAAGCUUCUUUACGAGGGAAAUACCGGCGCUCGGCUCCCUCUUCCCAACGCAGAACAAGCCAUCUUACUACCUAAUCCAAAUGGUCCCCCGACUGUCGCUCGAGGUGACUGGCUACGAGAAUCAGACGGCUCUCUGGUUAUUGAGAAUGGAUGCCUCGUUCGGGGAAUCGGACGAUGACUACAACGUCGAAACGCUCAAGAACAAGUGUAAAUUGUUGUUACAAGGUCAUAAUAUAGUUCGGUGCGUCAACCAGCACCUGAACUUGGUUGUUUCGCUCCACGUAUCGGCCAAGAAAGCGAUGAGCAAGAGCACUCUGGUAUUCGCGGCGCGAAUGAUUUGUGUACUGAACGCUCUGAAACAGGGUCUCUCGAGAUACCAGAGUCGGAUCGAUGAAGCUAUCGCCCAUGCCGACCAAAAUUUACACCAUCAGUUGCUGGAGACUGUGAUGAAGAUCAAGCAGAAAAUGUCCAAUGAGAAGAAAACCGACAAGAAGAAGUUGGAUGCCAACGCUGCCGUGAAACUAGCCGAGGCAUCGCUCAAAGGACCUUUCACCAAGCUCAAGGAGAUAUGCGUCAACGUCGCGAAGGAAUACAUCGCCCAGAUCAAGAUCAUCCGACCUGAUGAAGCGGAGACGUUCAACUCGAAUCUGAAGAGACUAAGUGUGAUUGCGAACUACGGGAAUGUCUUCAGGAAGAGUCUGGAAAUGUGGGGCUUGAGCAGUCAUCAUGUGGUUCUCCUUGAGGUAUUCCUGAGUCAGAUGUACAAGAAUAAUUCUUCGGUGACGAGCGGCAGUGCUCCGCCGAUGAUCGAAACUAUCACGAGCAUUUGCUCCUCGAUUCAAAGAGAAACUCCGUCGAUCGAUUCCGUAUUUCAGAUACUUCACGAAAGUUUGGUAGACCCGCUCUGUAAGGAUAUAGAGAAUGAUUUGCGCAUACAAAUGCAUACACAUCUCGUGGCUGACUCCCGCAACCCCUUCGCACAAAAUAAAGCGCAGAUUCAGACGCAGUUGAAGCGCAUUUGUCAAACGGAAUACAUUCUGCCAACUGAAAAGAUAUCCAUGAAACGUGGAGUGGAACGGUACCUUGAACGUAUAUUCUACAAUCUCACAACGGUGGCUCUCCAUGACUGGGGCACAUAUGACGAAAUGCGAGUCAUCGCCGAACUGAAGUAUGAUGCCAAAACCGUCGAGUCCCAUCUUCCGGCUGAGACACUCGAUCAGGGUCUAGAUGUAUUGAAUGUGAUGAGAAACAUCGAAGGUUUCUCAUCGAAAUUCGUAUACAACAUGAACAAUCAGACUUUUGUCGAGCGAGUGAGCGCUAAUAAGCACCUGAACACGGUAAAUAUCAGUCACAUCGCCAAUUCGAUCCGAACUCACGGACCAGGAAUAACCGACACGACCGUCAACGUGGUCUACAGAUUCCUUCGCAAACAAUUCGAGAUCCUGUCGCAAUUGUUGUUCAAUGAACACAUCAAGUCUCGGUUGAUGAGGGACAUUGCGUAUUUCCGGGAGAAUAAGGAAUCACUUCAGCAGAAGUACCCUUUUACACGCGCUGAGAAAAUCUGCAAGUCGGUUCGGAAUCUCGGGAUGACCCCGGAAGGAUUCACAUACCUUGACAAGUUCCGACAACUGAUGACGAGCGUGGGCAACGCGAUGGGAUAUGUGCGAAUGAUGCGAACAGGCGCGUUGGAAUAUUGUGCUCAGGGAAAUGCAUUACUACCAGACAUUUCUGAUGAUAGCUACGAGAGUUUUGUCGAAACCUUGAAAGAUACACCGUUUCAAGAUCACACAGAAGUUUCAGACGCCGCGAAACAUCUCGACUCCGUCAUCAAGUGUCUAUUGAAACAACAAAGCGGAGUUGAGGGCAGUGAUUAUUAUAGACACCUGAUAGAGGCGUUCGAAGGGCCAUUCUGUGAUGAGAGAAAUGCCUAUCUCCAGAACUUCUACAUUCUGGUUCCAUCGUUGACCUUGAAUUUCGUUGAGCACAUAGUUCAGAGUCGCGAGCGGCUGAGUAGGAAGCAGAAGAAUGACGCAAUUUUCAGCGAUGAUGGUUUCGCGAUUGGAGUUGCUUUCGCUCUGAGAUUGACGAAGCAAUUCACGAAUUUCGACAGUCUCCACUGGUUCAACAGCGUGGACGAAAAAUACAUCGAGGAGCUGAAGACCAGUCAAGAGGCAUCGCGGAGCUCUUUCUCGGACGAGAAACUAUCUCAAACAAUCAGCCUAACCGCAAAGCGCAUCGAAGCCUACAGGAAGGAGUUCACCCUGUUAAAUCACGCUUUCACGUCAGCCAGAAUAUUCUUUAAGACCAGUUGAUUGGAUCUCGGAUCAUGUUCCAGAAGGCUGGCGGUUGUGAGGAAUAAAUUUUUUCAAUUUGUUAC